CAGAGAAGAAGUGGGGAGGGGAAGAAACGAGAAAAGAAGGACGAGAGGAGAAAAGAGUGUCUGCUACCGUGCAGGUUGAUCUGAGAAGCAUUAGAGGAACCCCCUGACCGUGGACCAUGCUGAGGGCUUGUCUGAGAGGAGCUAACGCCACAGCCCGGAAGAACUAUGGGAGAACACCUCUAACCAAUCUGCAACAGUCCCGGCACUACACAGCAGGAGAGACCGGUGGUGGUGCUGCUAAAGUGGUAGCUGCAGGCCUGCUGACAGUAGGCGGAGGCAUCGGAGGAACGGUACUCUACGCCAAAUUGGACAACAAGUUCAGAGCAGCUGUGGAGAACAAUGUUCCGUACUCAGACUGGCUGCUGGGUCUGGCUUUGGGACCCCCCCAAGAUGGCGGCCUCGCUAUCAAGAAACAGAUGGAGCUGGCCCAGCCUCCCUCUAUGAUGGAGAAAGCAAUGAAGAAAGUCAAGCCAGAGAAAAAGGUGAAGGAUGCAGCAGAGAGCAAAGCCAAAGAGACUCCAGCAGCGCCUGCACAGACCAUAGAGGAGGCUUCAGCAGAGGCUUCUCAUAUCAUCUCAGCCAUCAGUGAGGUCCCAUCAGUCCCUGCUCCAUGUGACACAGAGGCAGCAGUGGUCAAAGAGGAGUGCAAAGAGUGCCAUGAGCAUCAGGAUACCCCAGUAGCAGCAGCAGUUCUCCCUGACUCCGAGUCCCCUGUGGAACCAGAACCCUUGAAAGAGCGACCAGUAGAAGAAGUGGCAGCUAGACUGGCUCAACAGGACCAGGAGGAACAGGACGUCCUAGCAGCUGUAUCAGCCAGUCUUGAAGAGUCACUGGGCAGCUCAGCUAAAGCUACACUGCAGGCCAUUGGAGCUCAGGAGGCAGCCCUGCAGGCUGUCAUCAGGCACACACUCAAACUGAAAGAGGCUAUGGAAGCAGAGGUGCCUCCUGAGGAGAAAUCAGCCCAGUGGAAGGAACUCGAAGCUGCUCUAGUUGAUCGAACCUCCGCUGUGAAAGAUGCUGAAACUGCUCUGCUAAAUGCCAAUGAAGCCUUGGACAGUCUCAAGUCAGUGAUUGACAAGUCUAAAGAGCUGAAGGUUCCUGCUGUUCGUCCAAUAGUUUUAGCAGCAGAAGAGAAUCUCCAUAACAUGGUGGUGGACUUGGACAAAGUGGUCACUAAGGUGCAGUCUUCAGAGUCAGAAGCCAAGAUUGUCUCCCAGUACAGUGACCUGGUGAAUGAAGCCAAACUGCAGUUCCAGAGGGAAGUAAGCAGCCUGACUCCAGAGAUCCAGGCCAACUGGAAGGGGCUCACUGGUAAACUGUCAGCUGAUGACCUGAACGCUCUGAUCGCCCACGCACACCGUCGCAUCGACCAGCUGAACCGAGAACUGGCCGAGCAGAGAGUCAGAGAGCAGAUCCACAUUGACGCGUCGCUGGAGCAGCAGAAGAUGGAGGACCAGAAAGCCCUUGAGAAAGCUGUUACCACCGCUGUGCAGCAUAUCAAGGAGGACGCCCGGCUGGAACAGGAGAAGAAGCUGUCUGAAUUAAGGGAAGUGAUGGAGGCAGAGAUGAGGACUCAGCUGCGGCGUCAGGCAGCUGCUCACACAGACCACGUGCGAGACGUCCUUAAAGUCCAGGAGCAGGAGCUGAGAACGGAUGCUGAGCAGGUCCUCAGUAGUAAGAUGCUGGAACAGGAGACUCGCUACCGUCAGCUGAGCCAGGAACAGCUGGAUAACUUCACUCUGGAUAUGAACACUGCCUAUGCAAGACUGAUGGGGAUGGAGGAGGCAAUAGACAGCCACGUUGUAGCAGAGGAGGAGGCCCGUAAAGCGCACCAGCUCUGGCUCUCCGUGGAGGCCCUCAACUACACUCUAAAGACUGCUGACGCUGACGUGCCCACCGUGCCUCUAGAGGGCGCCGCUCAGGCCGUGCGAGCCAGCUGCCACGACAAUGACUUCGCCUUGGCUCUGGCAUCGGCCCUUCCAGAAGAAUCCUUGAACCGCGGCGUGUACAGCGAGGCCUCUCUCCGCGCCCGAUUCAACGCCCUACGGAGGUUGGCUCGCCGGGUCGCCCUCGUCGACGAAACCCACAACUCCUUGUACCAGUAUUUCCUGUCCUACCUUCAAGCUGCGCUGCUGUUUGAGGAUAAACAGGAAGCCCCGCCUACCCAGCUAAUCAGCGAGGAUUUAGAUCCAUUCAAGCUCCUGUCUUAUGCCAGCUACAGCUUAGAGCAUGGGGAUCUGGAGCUAGCAGCUAAACUGGUGAACCAGUUGAGGGGAGAGGCCAGGAGAGUGGUGGAGGACUGGCUGACUGAAGCCAGACUCACACUGGAAACCAGGCAGGUUAUCAGUUUGCUGUCUGCUUAUGCAAAUGCAGUGGGCCUAGGAACCACCCAGGCUCAGUAGGCUGCCAUUUGCCACCCGGCAACCCUUAAAGAAACAACCCACUGAAGGUUACCACUGUAGGCUGGAAAGGAAGCAGGAGUGUCUGACACACAGAGGAGGUUUUCAGUGGUGUUUCUUUAAGUUCACUGAAGUUAACCAAGUUAUUGAUGUUAUCAUACAACAUACGUUUGUUUUAAAGCACUAUGUCAACGUGGAGGAUUAUUUGCUAACUAUCAUUGAUGCACCCUCUUAAUCUAGUCUAGUGUUUAUUCAGGCCCACAGAUUAGGUUCAGGUAUUUAUUUCUCAUUAAUCCACCCUCGUGUUAUGAACAUGAAUCUUAGCACUGAUUAAGAAAUGUGUCAUGCCUCAUUUAAUUUUUGUCAAUACUGCACAUUGUUCAAUAAAUUAUGAACAAGUAA